AUGUCCGACCUUUCAUCGAUCUCCCCGCAGAAGCUUGUGCCGAUCACCUCAAAAACUUUCUGGGUGACUCCCCCCGCCGCCUUUGAGUUCAUCGCCUCCUUCAACGCACGCCGAGCCCGAUCAUCUGCGCCUGCUGCUCCAACUGCACCUGCUGCACCUACACCAUCCCGAACCAACGAUGCAUAUGCCUCUAAGAAUGACCGACCGAAAGGGAGGGGCAAGAAACAGAAGGCUCCGCUACACAGCGCGGGCCCGACCCGCCGGCCAGACAACUAUGGUGAUGUGGGUGGUGGCUACAUCAAGAGGGAUGAGGAGGACUACAUGUCCGCCAGCAAGCCGACCCUGAAUCCGCCUACUCAGUCUUUGACUCCUGGGUCAUCGGGUUCCUCUCGUGCCCAGUCGCCAAUGCCCACCCCAUCGUCGAAACCUCCCCCAUCCGCCGCGGGCCCGGUCCUGUCAGAUAUGCUACCAAAUGUGCGGUCAAAGACGAGCAAGUCGUCUCGAUCAUCGGGUACCUCCAUAAAUUCAACUAAAGGUGGUGCGGCUCUCACAACAAACGAUAUCUCGGACCUCACGGCUGCCAUCGCUGCUUUGGAAGUCUCCACCAACCCGACCUUGGGCGAAAGACGAAAGUGCAACUGCUACGCUUCGAUUCACUCGUUAUUUGACCCCGCUCCAAAUUGCUUGAACUGUGGCAAAAUUAUCUGUUCGUUAGAGGGACUACAACCUUGCUCCUUCUGCGACACGCCUCUUCUGUCUGCGGAGGAAGUACAGAGCAUGAUCAAGGAGUUGCGGGCCGAACGUGGCCAGGAAAGGAUGCGCGCCCACAACGAGGGUGUCCACCAUACCGGAGGACCGCGGCCUGUUGGAUCCGAAUCUGGAUCAGCCUCGCCCAGCAAACUCGAUGCAGCCAGGGCACACCGUGAUAAGCUACUCCAAUUCCAGGCCCAGAAUGCCCGCCGAACAAAGGUGGUCGACGAAGCCGCUGAUUUUGAAACCCCAAAUGUUGCCUCUACCUCGCAGAGAGCACUGGCACUCAAGAAGCAACAACGUAUCCAGCGUGAAAUGGAGGAAAAGGCUCGACCUGAGUGGGAGAAGAAGAAGAGCUUCAUGAGUCUUGAUAUCAAGGGCGGAAAGGUUCGGCGAGUGUAUCACACUGCUGCAGCCGAAUCCACCCCCGAAGCUAGCGAAGCGGAACCCGUAGAGGAUAUUGAAGCUGAUGCGCCCCCAUCUCGUGGACACGCAUUCAGCAAGAAUCCCCUCCUAGCAGCAGGAGGACUCAUGCGCCCUGUCUGGAAGGCCCCCGAAGGCAAGGCCGUGGAUCCGAAUGAGAGGGCCGAGCGAGAGCAAACAUGGCGGCGGGUGCAGGAUGACAAUGACGAUAACGAACAAUGGAUCCUGGAUGGUGGAAUGCAUGGACACAGCACGUAA